AUGAAUCACAAUAAUCAAUGGUACACCCGUUUGGCUCCGCUGGGAGAUGCCUACUUUGGCCACAACUUUGCACUGUUCUGCCGUUUUGGGCACUGGCACGGCCGUUGGACGUGUAGGCGUAACAGUACCCAAAAGAGGACGAAAGGGAAGCUUAUCACCACUAACUGUACUUCAAAUGAUGUGAAAAUAGAUGAUGCGUCUGACGAUGAAACAAGGGUAUCUGGAACAGCCAGUUGCAGCGUAAGUGAACAACUAAAUUGUUCACAGCCACCAUCGAUAGUUCCUUCUAUAAACCCAGCAGAAGUUACAGUAGAUCGCAGAAUUCCUUCCGGUUCAGAGAUCGAAAGCUUGUCCGAAGACGAGGCGGGCAGGCAAGACGAAUCAAGUUCGGAUGCUUCCGGCUCAGACGACUGCACUGCAAUCCAUUGCAAGAAGACAAAAAUGGCACGUUUGAGUUUUGUCGACAAGCGUGACUUAAAGCGAAGAAGAAUUACGGACGAUAUGGAAUUUACCUUUUGUGCUAAGGGGGCCGCUAGAAGUUAUUCAGGACCCAAGGAUAUGUUUAACCAUAAGAGCUUUAGGACCGUCGAUCCCAAUCGGACGGGAAUGCAUAAUUUCAGUACUGAUCUAGCAAAAGUGAAUAUGUCCACUACUCGUACCACAAGUACCGCGAAAUCGAGAUGGGAAGAUCUAGACAAAUCCUUUUGCGAACAAGAUUUGGAAUGCAUUGAAGAUUUACCGUCUUCAUCUGAAGACGACAGUGUGCAACCUAACAAAGCCAAGUGUAAUCAAGAUGACUUGUUAAACAUUGAAGAAUUGCCAUCGUCUGUAGAGGAUACCGGUACGGAUAAAGAUAAAACAUUACCCGGUACCACAGCGUCACACCCAACGUUUUAUAUAAAUUCGCCGACGAGCAAAAGCAAAAGGAUUAAGUAUCCUCAAGAAUCUCCGCUCAAAACAUUAGCUAAUGUUUUGACCGAGAAAAACUCGAAGUGGAACUUUUGGCAGCAUGAGAUACGGUCUGGCGUAAUGCAUCCGGUGAUGGUGGUUAAAGUAGAGUCCAUAGAGCGAACGUUUGGGCGAGUAAUGUUACGAUUUUUCACAAACCAACAGAACGACGAUGAGUUGUUACGGAUUGAGAAUAUUAUUUACUUAGAUUCGAGCGAUAGGCAAUUGAAAACAAUUCGAGCAGGCAUGGAUAUUGCAUUCGAAGCGGACGAGCGAAUUGCACCUCAUAAAAUAUCACUCCGGAGGCAUGUCUAUCUAGGAGUAGGGAAAAUAUGCCCUAUAGAACCUUAUUCAAAAUAAACGCACUCAUUACACAAAC